CGCGCGGGCUUUGAAAGAAAAUGGCGGAGGUUCAGAGUGAAGUAUUCGAGCGGUAUGACGAUAGCAGCAUUCAGACUAGGGUCUCAGAGGUUUCUCAUGGGAUCAAACGGCCACAUGACAGUGACCACAUCUCGGGACCUCCUCAGAAGUCUCCUUGCACAUCUCCUGCUCCUGCAGUAAUGCAGACUUUAGGAGAAGAGCAACAGUCAAAGGAUCCAAAGUUGAGCUGUGUGGAGGACGGCAUGAGGGAAUCUAUAAAUAUGGAACCUGCUCCAGAACCAAAUUCACGGAGGAAAUCCUGGAGGAGAUCGUCCAGGGGCCGGCGCUCUCUUCCAGCCUUCCAGAGCACCUCAAAGCUCCUGUGUGAAUCUGUCAGCCUCUCUCUGUCUGACAAUGAGAGACUGGAGAUGCUAAUGAAAGCUGCAAUGAAGAAGACAGUGAAGAGGGUCAAAAACAGUUUAUACACUAUUCCUGGUGUAGAUAUAGAGACACUUCAGACGCAACUUGAAUCCUUGCAUGAACAGUGGGACACUGCGGCUAAAGAGAUUAGCGGAGAAACUCAGAAUUCACUCCCAAGUGUUGACAGUGACCCUGCUGUUAAAGGGAUUACGUCACGCAUUCAGAACGACAUAAACAGGUUACAGGCUGAAACUAUUUCCUGGGAGUCCCUUUUAAACAAACACCGGACCAAAGCCGAUGAACUAGACAAGUGUGUGGAGCGUGGAGAAGAGAAAGGAGUGCCGCUGGACCAGUCCUGCCUUGCCAAAUCUUCACAGAGUCAACUAAUUCAGAGUAAACCUGACUACAAGGCAGUGCUAAUGAGACAACAAAAAGUGCUCAGAAACAUGGAGUUAGUGAUGGACUCUCAGUGUUGUAUCAUGAGGGAGCUCUUGUCUUUCCAUGAAAACUCUCAGCUUUUGCUAAAGGAGACCAGUGCCAGAAUGGUUUCCAGGGCUGGAUUCCAAAAUAUCCCCUCAUCCCCAGUUAGACAGCUGAUUAAAGGACCGUAUCUAGCGUCCCAUCCUAGUGUACAGUGAUGUCAUCAUCAAGACAAAUUUUAUAUGCAUUAACCUUGUAACAUUUGUUCUUUCGUCUCUGAAAAUAAGGUUUUUGUGGCAUACAUUUUUUCUGCUUCAGUAGUUAUAAGUAAUGACACAAAUUUUACCCGUUGUAUUUUUUAGCUGCUGUAUUUGUAUAGUUGUAGGAGUCGUAUGCAGUUUUUUACUUUUACACAAGACACGGAUGAACACUAGAUGGCAGUCUAGUUAUUCAAAGCUCCUUCACCUGUGUACUUUUAACUUUUGUAGAGUGCUUUGUAAUAUUUUAGUGGUUCUAAAUACAAUUAAAUGCCUGCAGAUUUACUUUACACAGAGUAGCUGUAUUAUUCGUUUGCAGAAGAAAUUCUGUUGUGAGCCCCCAACUGCUUUUAAAUGGUCCUUAUUGGCCAGGGUUAAUAUUCAUUGAUUUGUGUCUGUUUUUUCUUUCGCCUGGAUGAUGAAAUGAUUGAAUGAACUGGUGUCUUGUUUCCCAGGCAAAUAUCGAGAAAGUAUUUAUGUUUUACGUCACGGUUAUUAGCUUAAAGAAAAGACGGUGGCCUUUGGGCUUCAGUCAUGAGCUCUUUGAGUGCCUUUUAGCCUCUAUUAUGUUUAUUUCUGCGCGUCCUGUGACCAUUCUAUGGGCUUGACCCCUUCCCCCCACACUUCCAUCUCUUGUUCUCUGUAAUGCGGGGCUGCUGAGCGAGAUGAAAGCUCACAGGAUUUUCCCAAUGAUUUCUACACUUCAGCGUUCAAUCUGUUUAGAUCACGUUUCCAUGCCCUCAAGACUAAACAUGUCCUACUCUGAACUCUCAAGCCAAUAAUAUUUGAGAUAGAACAAAGCAGUUCACUUGGAAUAGUUGGUCCACUGUGAUCAAAAAGAUUGAAGACAGACGUUUUAAGAUUCUCAAGUAGCAUGGGCCAUCAGGAAACCUUUAACUCUUCAGAUCUCGUAAGCCGUUUUGGUUGUUUCUCUUCAAAUGAGGUCAUUUUACCCUUUUUUGCUUGAAGGCUGAUGAGACCCGGCUUGUGUUUAGUGUUCUCUGUUAAUGUAGGGAUGGAGGUGGUGUAGCAGGAGACUGGGGUUAAGCGUUAGAAGCACUGGGGGUGGCACAGCAAGAGAGAUCGAUUCUUAUUUAGAUGAAAAUGAGGCUAUGCGCUUGUGGGCUGAGGGUGCAUCUGCCUCAAACUGAUUUAAAAAGAAUACCUAUUCAGAGUAGAGAGGAGAAAAAAACUAUUCUCAUGGUGGAAAAUACUUUUAAAUUAAACGUCAAUUGACAAUGAUUAAUCUAUGUAUGUGAUACGGAAGAUGUCUGCGUAAGUAUGGAGUUUUAUCUUAUGAGAAAAACCGUAUCUUCCCUUUUCGCUGGACAUAUUACAUUAUGCUCUACUUUUUCAUUUACUGUCAGCAUACUGAAACCCGUGUGGUUUUAUAUAUGUUUAUAUCGUUUCGAUGCGUGUAAUAAACAGAAAAGGAUCCUUAUUAAAUAUAUUCAUAUACUCGCGUCUUGCCAAUCUUGAUGUCUGACCCAAAAUGUCUUUUUAUCAUUGCGUUACAUUUUAGAUCUACAGAUGUGAUUUUUGUUCAAAUUAAUCGCUGGUCACAGUGCUCCAUCAUUCAGGAAAUCAAAAGUAAAAGAUCUUAAAAAAUAUGGAUUUUCAAUUACCCAAAAUGUUGUGUGAAAGCAAUGCUGUGAUAAUGAGUUCAGGUUACGGGUUGUUCUCUAAUAUUCUCAUUCUCACUUCAGAUUGAUUAGUGUUAGAUUGUAGCCGAGAGAUGUGCUCCGCGUCAGCAUAAACCAGCAGCGGUUUUGUCCUAUUCCUCUCUGCACACACACCAUCCAACUCCCAUUGAAAUGCUCCAGGCUGCAUCUCCUCUCCAUGUAUCCCAGCAGCCAUUUGUCUGUCUUUCCUUUCUGAGCGAUGAACUACCAAAAACGUCCACGUUUGCAAAAAACAUUGGGACCACUUAUUUUUAAUCUGCUCUGUCUGUGCACUUGGAAAAAUAAGCGACGUUGGUUCGAGCCAUUUAUAAAUAUACAUUCAUUCUAUGUACUGUUAGAUAAAAAAUGAUUUGCAGUAUAUGACUCAGAUUAAUUGAAGUCGUAACUUGAAAUGUGUUCAUUUGUUACCAAAUAACGCUUACAUUUUAACACUUAUUAAACUGUUGUAUUCAAUCGCGUUUUCAUAUACCUUUUGGUUUAGGUUAGUUUGGUGGGUUCCGGUGGUUUUUAGUGUCUUUAUUGAAAAUACAGAUGGAACAUCAGUAAUUCUGUCGGAUUACAUUUACCAGACAUUUCAGAUAAUGAAUCUGAAUUUUGUGCUUAGGUGCCCUAUAUUUUCUUUAAAGGGCUUAACACCUUGUCGGUUUCACUCUCUGGCAUACAUAUUGUUAGUGAAAUUUCACCUUAUGACAAGACAAAUCUGUAUCAAAUUCAUUGAUAUCUUUGUAUAUAAAUUUGAAAGGGAUGGCACCCAAAAAUGAAAGUACUGUCACCAUUUACUCACCCUUAUGUAA